AUGGACGAGGUCGAAUUACAAGAUGUAUCAGAAUUUUUGAUUUUUCCAAAGGACGAUGAUGCAGCAGAUCAUAAAUGGACCCACCAAAAUACAUUAAUGUUUUUAGAGUUAUAUAAAAAAUACAGGGAUCAGGUGGGUUCCUUGAGAAUUAAAAAUCUGAAAAAAAUGUACGAAGAGAUAUCAAAGGAAAUGCAACAACUCACCAAGACCCGCGUGACGGCCACAAAUUGUGAAAAUAGGUGGAAGGUCUUGGAAAGAAAUUACAAAAAAUACAUUGAUAACGAGAAUUCUACAGGCAGGGGAAGAAAAUUUUUUGAAUAUGCAGAAGUAAUGCAUAAUAUACUUGGAAAAAAAAAGAACAUUCAUCCAGUGUUGCUGUUAUCGGCAGACACAAUACAUACUCCAGCGGUGGCAUCAACUUCUAAAGAUUCAACUAGUAUUACAGAGGCAGAAAUGGGUUAUGAGGAUAUUUCCGAACCAGAUAUACCAGAAUCAAGACCAGAGCCAACCAUAAGCCGUGAAACUCCUGCAAAAAGAAAAAGAGCAAAUAGUUCAACUCCAAAAAUGAAAAGACUGAAAUUCCAUGUACUUCAGGAAACCAGGAGGGACAGGCAAAAUUAUUAUCAGAAACGGUUGGAAAUAGAAGGACAGAAGCUAGUUAUAAGUAUUUUUCUAUGUAGUUGCAGCUUCUACGAGAGACUAGACUGA